AUUCCUGUUAAAUCCGUAGAAAAUGAGAAAAUACUCGACAUUUUGGGGGAAACUUGUAAAUCUGAGCCAGGAAAAGAAGAAGGUUCCGAGCUGGAGCAGCCAUUUGCACAGGAUACAAGUAGCGUGGGGCCAGACAGAAAGCUUGCGGAGGAAGAGGACCUUUUUGACAGCGCCCAUCCGGAGGAGGGUGACUUAGAUUUGGCCAGCGAGUCAACACACGCUCAGGCGGGCGAGGCAGACAGCCUGUUAGCGGUAGUGAAAAGGGAGCCCGUGGAGCAGCCGGGCGAUGGCGGCAGGACGGACUGUGAGCCUGUAGGGCCAGAGCCGGCAGUUGAGCAGAGUAGCGCGGCCUCCGAGAACGCGGAGGCCUCUAGCGAGGAGGUCGCGGAAGCGCCCACGGAAGCCCCAAGCCCCGAAGCCAGAGAUAGCAAGGAAGACGGGAAGAAGUUUGCUUUUGAAGCUUGUAAUGAAGUCCCUCCGGCUCCUAAAGAGUCCUCAGCCAGUGAGGGCGCUGAUCAGAAAAUGAGUUCUGUCGAAGAUGACUCGGAUACAAAACGACUUUCCAAAGAGGAGAAAGGUCGUAGCAGUUGUGGUAGAAAUUUCUGGGUUAGCGGACUUUCUUCCACGACCAGAGCAACGGACUUGAAGAAUCUUUUCAGCAAAUACGGGAAGGUGGUGGGUGCCAAGGUUGUCACGAACGCCCGGAGUCCUGGAGCUCGCUGUUACGGCUUUGUUACGAUGUCCACAGCAGAAGAGGCAACAAAAUGCAUUAACCACCUGCACAAGACGGAGCUCCAUGGGAAGAUGAUCUCCGUGGAAAAAGCAAAAAAUGAACCUGCCGGGAAGAAAACCUCUGAAAAAAGAGAUAGUGAGGGCAAGAAGGAGAAGUCAAGCGACAGAUCUGCGAACCUCAAGAGGGAUGAGAAAGGCGACAGAACAGAUGAUGCUAAAAAGGGCGAAGACGGAAGUGGAGAAAAGACUAAGGACCAAGAUGAUCAGAAACCUGGCCCUUCAGAGCGGUCUCGAGCCACCAAGUCAGGAAGCCGAGGAACCGAGCGCACUGUGGUCAUGGACAAAUACAAAGGGGUGCCUGUCAUCAGCGUGAAAACGUCAGGAUCCAAAGAGAGAGUUUCCAAAAGCCAGGAUCGCAAAUCAGCCAGCAGAGAGAAGCGGUCCAUUGUGUCCUUUGAUAAAGUCAAAGAACCUCGGAAGUCGAGAGAUUCAGAGUCCCGUAGGGUGCACGAGCGCAGCGAGCGGGAGCAGCGCAUGCACGCGCAGUGGGAGCGCGAGGAGCACGAGCGGCUGGAGUUCGCCCGCGAGCGGCUGGCCUUCCAGCGCCAGCGGGGAUCUCCAGUAGUUGGAGCGCAGCAGAGAGAGGUUGCAGAGAGGGAAAGCAUUUUCUUGGUGAAAUUACUUCCUGUCCCAUGGAGUGCCGGGACCUGGGCCAGAGGGCUGUGCUUCCCCAGCAUCCUCAGGAGUGACAUAUUUGGGAGGAUGGCCCUCCUUCCUUUUUCGUGUCCCCUCAGGCGAGAUGAUGCCUACUGGCCAGAAGCCAAGCGGGCCGCCCUGGAUGAGCGCUACCACUCUGACUUCACCCGCCAGGACCGCUUCCACGACUUUGACCACAGGGACCGGGGCCGCUACCCCGACCACUCAGUGGACAGGAGAGAAGGUUCAAGGUCAAUGAUGGGAGAAAGAGAAGGGCAGGGUCCCCGCUGCGGCUGGAAUGACAGCCACGGGCGGGGCAGUCCAAAGCAGAGAUGUCUUUCUUCAAGGGGCAGACGUGACUGGGGGGACCACGGCCGAAGAGAGGAUGACCGGGCGUGGCAGGGUGCUGCAGACGGGGGCAUGAUGGACAGGGAUCACAAGAGGUGGCAAGGCGGUGAGAGGAGCAUGUCUGGCCACUCUGGGCCCGGCCACAUGAUGAACCGGGGAGGGAUGUCAGGGUGCGGCAGCUUCGCCCCAGGCGGGGCCUCCCGGGGCCACCCCAUCCCGCACGGCGGCUUUGGAGGCCAGAGCCGCGGCAGCAGACCCAGUGACGAGCGCUUCACUCGCCGCUACUAAGUCCUCCGACCCUGCGUCCUGUCACGUGGCAACAAGGCUCUGUUCUUUUAGGAGUUAUCUUAAAACUGUGUACAAAUAUUUUUUUUUAUCUGCUGCCAUAUUGUAGCUCAAUACAAUGUGAAUUUGUUUUUUGUUUUUUCCUUUGUUUUUUUUGUAAUAAAUGUGUUUCCGUUCACAUACCCUUUA